AUGUCGAGAGGAAAACGCCGCCGCCGCCAUUCAAAGGCCGUCCAGCAAACCCAGUCACCAGCACCCUCGUUGCCAACUCCAGUGACGGAGCCAGGCCGGCAGCGGAAGCGGAAGCGUUAUCACCACAAGGCCAAAAAGCGGCCACCAUCGUCUUCACAAGUGUAUAGAAAAGAUGGAUUAAACUCAGAAUCACCACAGGCCGUGUCAUCCAAUCAUCCGCCCACAGACCAAGAGCGAAAAAACCCACGAUCCGUUCAUAACUCUCAAGUCAAGGUUCAGGAGCAAAGAUCAUCACCCAAACGUUCGACGACACCAUUGCAGCGUGCGCCUAAAGCCAAAAGAGUAUAUGAAUCUGAUUCUGAGUUUGAGUUCAAGUAUAUAAACAAGGCCCAGGCUCAAUUGAAGCCGCGAGUGGCUUUGCGAUCACCUCCAUCAUCACCACAAAAGGUAGUGGGUCUCAAAAAGACCACAACAGUUUCUGGGAAUGAGCGCGGCAGCGAUGUCCGUGAGACAUCGGCAGAUGCAGACUCAGAGUCUGAAAGGGAACGCGAACCAGCCUCACCAUCGCCAUCACUUCCCUCACCGCAAAGGGCCCUAGUCGAAAAUACCACGCCAGUCUCUAAUCACGACCGCCAGCGCACGUCUCGUGGGACAUCGUUGUCAAACCCAACAUCAGAAUCACAGCCAGUGUUUACACCUGAACCGGAACGGGAACCAUCCCAGUCACCAGGAGCAUCGCUGGAAAGAGUCGUGGGCCACGAAGAAGCUACACCAGCUUCCUAUCCUGACUAUGGGCAUCGAACCCGUGAACCAUCGGCAUCAGAUAUUGACAAUGAGCCUGAAACUGCAUCUGAAGCAGAACCGGGCCAUGGCCCGGAAUCGUCCUUGUCAUCGUCCUCACCAUGCAAUAAGACAGCCCUAAAACGGAAGAGAUCAAACACCCACCAUGCGUCCCGGCGCAAGGCAGCGCCAUUACCUGCUCCUUCGUCACUGGACUGUCUGCCUGAAGUUGAAUCCGAACCUACGUUGCCAUCAAUGGAUAGUCUCACAUGUUCAGAGUCAGCGUUACGGAACUUCAGGCGUGAUCAUUGGCGCAAAGCCUGCGAACCAAAAGAACCGCCAUUACCAUCCCGAUCAGACUUGUCUAAAGUGAUAGGACCCUCGAGUCCGUCGAUAUUCGUACCCAUAUCAGAAUUCCAACCACCGGAAUCUGAAGCUGAGUCUCGAUAUGCGUCCCCGAGUCCAACCCAAAUAACACUAGCGUCGUCUCCACCCGUACCUCCAACUAUCUCACGAGUGCGGUCUCGAGUUCGUUCUCGACUUCCCUCACCUCAGCGCUGGUUAUCGCGACUCGGACGGCCAGACCAAAAAUCAUCAUUAAGCAAAACCGUCUGGACCUCGCGUCUCCGGCCUACAUGUGAGAUAUAUUUCACCGACGAGCCUCUCCUGAUAGACAGCAUGAGAUAUCCACACCUUUCCGCCGAAUUUCCGCCUGAUGCUCACGGGAAUCCCGAGUUCAGGUUUGAGGAUAACUCAGGUGAUGAUUCCGAUUUCGAGCUUCCAGGAGACUUUGAGCCUCCGGAAGCUAAACGGCGUAGAUUAUGGUCAUCUGGAGACUCGCCAGAGACAGAGUUGACAGAGCGAGAGUCAUCUCUGGAACCCGAGGAGUCAUCAGAGCCGGAGCAGUCGUCAGAGCCUGAGGCACAGAUAGAUCUUGAGCCAUUAUUGCUCGAUAUUGCGGGCUCGUCAGAUCCGCAGCCAUUGCCCGAGCUUGAAAGAUCAUCAGACACAGAGAGAUCAUCGAAUCCUGAGAGCGAACAUCCCCGCCCGCCUACUUCAAUCCGGGAUCAGUUACCGGUACGGCAAUCGAGGCAACUUAACAAGCGGAUCGACGAAGCGAUUGUGAGAGAUAAGGAACAGAAUCCCAAAUUCUGGGGUCGUUCUUGGAUGAAAGAAUAUGAGAGAGGUGUACCGAUAAAAGAACGAGUUGAGGCCGAGUAUAUGGAAGAGAUGGCGAAGAAGAAAGAAGAAGCGGAAAGGAAGAAAAGGGAAAAGCAGGAGAGGGAUAGAAUCCUGAAGGAGAAAAGGGAGAAGAAGAGAAAAGAAAUGGCAGAGCAAAAAUUGCGACUGGAGAGGGAGGAACAGAAGAGAAUGGAAGAGGAGCAGGAGAGGGAGCAGGAGAGGCAGAAGCAGAAGAAGACCCAGAGGAGGGAGGAGCUGGAACGACGGAGGGCGAGGGCGAACAAGCCGAAGAACGUGGAAUCAGCGUUGCAGGAGAUGUUAGACGAGAGGGAGACUACGGAUGUUGAGAUAUCGGUUGAUCCUGAGGGGUUAAAGGUAGCUCAGACUGCGUACAGGUUGUAUAUGCGAAAGAAGGCAAGGGAAAAGGAAAUAGAAGAUUGA